AAGGCAUGGUCAACAUUCACCAUUUGUGCUGUUGCUAUCCUACCAGUUCAAUUGAAUUUGCAGUUGCAACCCUUUUUCAUUUUUAACUGCUACUUCACCAUCGUCAUCGUUGUCUGGUGCAAAUCGGUCCCAGAAUCCGUCCGCCUUUCCAUAUGCCUCCGGCUCUGGCUCCGCUUCCGUAUCCUUACUCUUCUAUACCGGGUUCGAUCACUCCCACUCUUCAACAUAACUCUCAGUCCGGAACGUGUGAAAAGCAGCAACAACAACAGUCUCUGGAUUCUACUUUUAAUAAACCCCAUCAUAACUGGACCGCUCCUUGGAGGGCCGGUCUACCAACACCUCCCAGCGAAAUGAUGAACGGGGUUGCCUAUAACGCCUAUCUUCCUUCAAAUCCACUUACCACCACUGCGACGACCAACCCAACCAACUAUGGCAGCAAUCGAAAUGGGCUCUCGAUGCACUCGUACAGCAAUUAUCCCAGUCACUCUCGUUCCAAUUACGGUUCUUCAUCGUUGUCCUCGGCUUCUGCGGCCGUGUCUAGCAAGCCCCAAUACCAACUAGCGUCGUCCGCCAAGCCUGCCGAAUCAGUCAGUCAGAAGAAGUCUUCGCUCCCCUCGUAUCUGCAGAUUCCCUCGUCCAUCAGUGACUCCAAUGGCAAUCUCGCAGAAUUUGCAGCUCAGAUGACAUGUCUGUUCUGGUUCGAGAGCACAGCCAAGUUGAACGCGAUUGAGAACCACCUGGACAGCCUCCCGACCCUCGUUCCCGAAGUCAUUCCCGCAUUGGGAUUCCAAAAAUGGGUGACCACGGUCCUGUCGACGACGCAAGUGAGCCAGAACGUCAUCUUGUUGGCCCUCAUGUUCAUCUACCGGCUGAAGAAGUUCAACUCGGGCGUCAAAGGGAAGAGUGGAAGUGAAUUCAGACUGUUGACGAUUGCUCUGAUGCUAGGAAACAAAUUCUUGGAUGACAACACUUACACCAACAAGACGUGGGCUGAAGUGUCGGGGAUAUCGGUGCAGGAGAUUCACAUCAUGGAAGUCGAGUUCCUGAGCAAUAUUCGAUACAACCUCUUUGCAUCGGCAGAGGAAUGGACCGAGUGGCAUUCCAAGUUGAGGCGGUUCUUCGAGUUCUACCACAAGGCUUCUUUGGUUCCUGAGGGCAGUGAACAAUUGCUUCCCAAGACUCCUCCCGCGCUCCGCAUCUCUCCCAGCCUGGGACCUACGCCUCCGUUGCCGUCGUUGUCUCCUGUCUCGAAGCUCCCAUCGCCCCCGGUAAACGAGUCGUUGCGUGCCCUGCCAAACUGGAACGUUCCCAUGAACAAUGGCUCGUAUGCACCUCUCCCCCGGCUUGGGAAUGAAAUCCCGCCAUCCGUCAGUUCCCGAAAGCGGAGCCGUGAUGAACCGAUGGAGGAGCAUCCGAUGAAGCGAGUAGCCGUAUCUACCAACCCUCCUGUCGCGACCCUUCCGCCAUCUUCCGCUCUCCCCAGUAUCCCGACGCUUCCGCCGGUGUUGACGCCGACUUCUGCUCCAGCUUCGCAGGCACCGAUGGCGAGACCAGUUUCCCAGCUCCCACGACCCAACAUCCCGGCCACCUCCAACCUGGCUCCUAACGUUCCCUCUUCCCUCUCGCAUCAACUCCCUCCGGUCUCUGUCCGGACGGUGCCUUCGUCGUACAACACACCGACGUCUGCGUCGAACUGGGCUCCACAGAUGUCGUCGACCACCGUACCGUCCAUGUCGAACGGCAUUUACACUACGCCUCUGUCUCUGCCGGACCCAGGACGACACCACCUUGGCGUUUCUUCGGCCACCGUCUCGCCGGCGUUGUCAGCGUAUUCCGUCCACACAUCUCCAACCCAUCUGUCACCGUCCUUCUGGCUGGCGAACCGGAACUCGCCCUAUCGGCCUGUACGGUCCGUCAACACCCUGCUGAUUCCUCCGCCGUCUGCAUCGCUUCAGCAAAACCGACCUGUUCCCUACGAUCAUAUGCACUAUCAACCAUUGGGAAAGCCAGCAGCGGAGCGCAGAACAGGCCUAGUGCCUUAUCUUCACCAGGACGCAUGGCCUCAGGGGCCCAUUGUUCAACCUGUCUUCCACCCCACUCCAAACUACUCUGGUUGAGAACCCCCCAUUUUUACGCAUUUUUUACGAUUUAUCUUACGACGUUUCGGAUACAAGAUAUCUUUUUUUGCCUUCUAAGUGUAUAUAUUUUUCUGUUGAUUUAUUUCCCCUUUGCUUACGGCCUGGGAUUAUUAUGGCGUUGAACAUCAUAGAUGGUUAUCUGUCGUCUUUUUACUUUCUACUCUUCUUCUUCUUUUUUUUUUUUUUUUUUUCACUCUGUUACUCUGUUUUUGUCAAGAGUACGUCCUCGAGGGCAAUUUGUUCAGUUCUAUCUCAUUCUAUGGAAGGGUGUCGCAUGACUGGCGUUGCAUAUUUUACUAUUUUCUUGUUGCUAUACCUUU